AUGUCAUUUACGCUCAACUCAGACACGAUGUCCCCUUGGCUGCUUAUUGUGGGUGCCAUUUUACUUGUAUCGAUACGUUACUCAUGGAAUAAGUUUUUCGACAGAAGGACACUUCCACCAGGACCAAAAGGGGUGCCACUGAUCGGUAAUCUGCAUCAAGUUCCCAAACAGCGGCAGUUUGAUCAAUACUACCAAUGGAGCAAGGAAUACGGACCUAUCAUGUAUUUCAACAUGGCAGGGCGACCGUUGGUCGUCCUCUCGUCCCACAAGGCAGCACAUGGUCUACUCUCACUCCGGAGCUCUCGCUAUUCGGAUCGACCUAGGAUGGUGAUGGCCUCAGACCUGAUAACGAAAGGAAUGCACAUAUUAAUGAGACCCUACGACGCAGCUUACAGGCUUCAUCAGCGCAUGCAGGCUCCAGACCUCGAAUCUCGUCAGAUGCUAUUCGAUAUACUGAAGGAGUCGGACGCUGCCGGCGGAAAGGGCAUUUAUGCUUCACACCACAUGGAACGUUCCAUGGCCAGCUUCAUCUACAGCCUUUCGUAUGGAUAUCGCCUUCGAACGGGCCAUGAGGAGCACUUCGAGGAUGCGAAGCGUGUCCAGGUCCAGUUCAAAGAGACUGGUUUGGUGGGCGGCUACAUCGUUGAUGUCUUGCCCGUAUUAAACAACCUGCCUAGCUUUCUUGCGCCCUGGAAGAAGAAGGCCGAGGAGAUCUACCAGUUGGAAAAAAGACUCCAUACUGGAAAUGUGCGAAGAGGCUUGGAAAAUCCCGGGUGGAACUUUACAAAGCAUUACUUUAAUCAUUCACCAGAGGCUAAAGGUAUGUCUGAUGUUGAAAUCGCUUAUGACUUGGGCGUUAUCGCGGAUGCCGCCUUGGAUACAUCAACGGUGACCCUGGCAUGGCUCCUUGUGGCAUGGGCCACCAGUGAUGGGGAAUGGGUGGCCAAGGCGCAGCGGCUUCUCGACAAUGUGGUCGGCAGGGACCGUAUGCCGCGAUUCGAGGACCGUGACAAGUUGGCAUACAUCGAUGCCAUUGCCAACGAAACACUUCGCUGGCGACCGGUUUUGGUGGGUGGCGUCCCACACUUCACCAAGACCGAGGACACGUACAUGGGGUACAAAAUCCCGGCGGGCUCGAUCGUCAUAGGGACUCACUUCGCUAUCACCCAACAAGAGUCGUCAUUCGGCGACAGACCGGCGGAUUUCAUCCCCGAGCGCUGGCUAGCCGAAGAUGGCGGCCUGAAAGAUCUUCCUCUGACCGGGUUCGGCUUCGGCAGGAGGAUCUGUACCGGCAAGCACAUCGCCCGCAACAACCUAUACAUACAUAUGGCGAAGCUGCUAUGGGCUUUCGACAUUGAGCUCGGAAUCUCGGAGGUGACUGGCGAGCAAGAACGAAUCGAUGAUAUGGCUGGCACGGAAGGGCUUGUCUUCUCACCAGCGCCUUUCAAGGCUGUAUUUCGGCCCAGGGGCCCUUGGAUUCGGGAACUGAUCGAGAGGCAAGGGAACACUCAUGAGGUUGACCACGCGGAAAUACUUGCUGAGAUUGGACGUGGCAUGAUUCCCAAGUCAGGGGCCUAA